AGAGGGGAGAAAGCGGCCGCGGAGCGGUAGUAGCGGCAACGCCUGCGGCGGGAGGCGGGGGAGAGUUUGAAAUAUAGACUAUAUAAAGACUUAAAAGAUGUGGGAUCAAGGUGGACAACCUUGGCAGCAAUGGCCUUUGAACCAACAGCAGUGGAUGCAGUCAUUUCAGCACCAGCAAGACCCAAGCCAGAUUGACUGGGCUGCAUUGGCUCAGGCAUGGAUUGCUCAGCGAGAAGCCUCAGGGCAGCAGAGUGUAGUGGAACAACAAGGAAUGAUGCCAAAUGGACAGGAUAUGUCAGGAAUAGAGUCGGGGCCAAACAACCAUAAUAAUUUUCAGGGGGAUCCCAACUUCAACAGAAUGUGGCAGCCAGAAUGGGGAGUGCCUCACCAACCCCCUCACCCACCUCCAGACCAGCAGUGGAUGGCUCCAGCCCCAGGUCAAAUGGAAAUCGUGCCUCCAUCUGAAGACAGCAACAGUCAGGACAGUGGGGAGUUUGCUCCUGACAACAGGCAUAUAUUUAACCAGAACAAUCACAACUUUGGGGGACCUCCAGAUAACUUUGCAAUGGGGCCAGUGAACCAGUUUGACUACCAGCAUGGGGCUGCUUUUGGUCCAUCUCAAGGUGGAUUUCAUCCACCUUAUUGGCAGCCAGGACCACCAGGGCCACCAGGUCCACCAGCACCUCCUGCACCUCCUCAGAAUCGAAGGGAAAGGCCCUCGUUCAGAGACCGACAGCGCUCCCCCGUCGCGAUGCCUGUGAAGCAGGAGCCUCCACAGAUUGAUGCUGUGAAGCGCAGGACCCUGCCUGCCUGGAUCCGUGAGGGCCUGGAAAAGAUGGAGAGGGAAAAACAGAAAAAGCUGGAAAAAGAGAGAAUGGAGCAGCAGCGUUCACAGAUGUCCAAGAAAGAGAAGAAGGAAAGUGAGGAAGCUGAGGAAGGGGAUGGCCCACGGCUACCUCAGAAAAGCAAAUUUGACAGUGACGAGGAAGAUGAAGAUGCUGAAAACGCAGAAGCUGUAAGCGCUGGGAAAAUCAGCAGGAGUCCAUCCCCAGCUCCUCAAGAGGAGCAGAGUGAACCAGAAAUGACAGAAGAAGAAAAGGAGUAUCAGAUGAUGAUGCUGACAAAAAUGCUGCUGACAGAGAUUCUCUUGGAUGUCACCAACGAGGAGAUUUAUUACGUGGCCAAAGACGUUCACCGGAAAGCCACCAAAGCUCCUGCAAAGCAGCUGGCACAGUCCAGUGCACUGGCUUCCCUCACUGGACUCGGUGGCCUGGGUGGUUAUGGAUCAGGAGACAGUGAAGAUGAGAGGAGUGACAGAGGCUCUGAGUCAUCUGAUACUGAUGAGGAGGAAUUACGGCACAGAAUCAGGCAAAAACAGGAGGCCUUCUGGAGAAAGGAGAGAGAACAGCAGCUACUGCUGGAAAAGCAGCUGGAAGAAGAAAAGUUGCAAAGUGAAAAGGUUUCAAAGGAGAUGAAUGAAUUCAUCAACAAAGAACAGAACAAUAACUCAGCAUCCCAGGAGGCAAAAGAGCUGGAAGCAGAUGUGCUUCAUGAAAAGAAAAGAUCUCCCAAUGCAGUGGCUCCUGAGGCAGAAGUGAAAAAGGAGGGCAAAGAGAGAGCAGGGAGGAGCGGGUCAGGCAGCUCUAGCAGCGGCAGCAGCAGCAGCAAUAGCAGGAGCAGCAGCAGCAGCUCCUCUGUCUCCAGCUCGUCCUACAGCUCGAGCUCGGGCAGCACUCGCAGCUCCUCGCCUUCCUCCUCUCCCAAGAGGAAGAAGAGGCACAGCCGCAGCAGGACUCCCUCGCAUAAAGUUAGGCGCAGCAGGAGCAGGAGCUACACCCACAGGAACAGGAGGGAAAGGAGCAGGAGCAGGGAGAAAGUCAGGGACAGGAGGAGAUCCAGCAGGAACCGCAGCACUGAGUGGGGGGAGAGGCGCAGGAACCGCAGCCCCUCCAGGGACAGGAGCUGGGAGAGGCGGCGCAGCAGCAGUCGAUCCCGGGACCGGCGAGCAAACCGCGCCAGCCGCAGCCGCUCCCGGGACCGGCGCAAGGCCGAGGAGCAGCGCAGGAGCCCCCCUGGCGGCAGGCACAAGCACAAGGGCGAGGGCAAGGAGCAGGAGAGGAAGAAGGAGCAGGGCGGGGGGGCGGAGAAAGAGAGGAAAAAGAACAGAGACAGGGAGAGGGAUCAGGAAAAGAGGAAAGAUAAGGCCAAGAAGGAGGAGAAGGAGAGCAAGGCUGGCAGCCAGGAGGACAGUAAGCUGAAGAGAAAACGAGAGAGCGAAAGGACUUUCACUCGUGGGGAGUCCAUCUGCGUCAAGAUCAUCAGGCAGGACUCCAGGCACGAGAGCAAAAAAGUUUGUACCAAAGAGAGCAAAAAAGGGUCAGGCUCGGAGUCUAGUGGCAGAAGUAGCUGUGAGUCUGCAGGGAGCAGCAGAGAGAAGAAGGGCAAGAAAGUGAAGCACCUCCGGUCCUGCUCCCUGGAGAAAUCCCAAAGGUCUGGUAAGAAGGCAAGCCGCAAACACAAGUCUAAGUCACGAUCAAGAUCCACAACUCCUCUUCGUCGUAAACGCUGAGGAAUUUUCUGGCAGCAGUGCUAUGACCUUUAAAAAUUCC